UAAGAAUCUAAUUCAUUUUACACAAUAUAAAUAUGGCGUUGAUGGGAUAGGCGACCCAGGCGAUUUGCAUCACCAAAUUCUAUUUUUUACGUGCAGAGAGACGUUAUACAUUUGAUAUAUUUAUGAAAUAUAUGCCUUGACGCCGUAAUCGCACGUAAAGGAGUGGUUUUAUUUUCUUAGAAGAAGCGACGAAGAAGAAAUAACGCAUAAAUUCGCAUUUUGUCAUACGAUUGACACGUUUUAUCGUCUAAGAAUUUUACAUUGCAAAUUGUAAUCACAUCGUUUUUCAAAGGAUCUCACGAGUAUCCCGCUUUCAAAAAUGGCACAGGAAGUUGAGGAAACUAUGAAACGGAUUCAGUCUCACAAGGGGGUAGUUGGAACAAUAGUAGUAAACGCAGAAGGCAUUCCAAUAAAAUCAACGUUAGACAACACAACUACUGUGCAGUACGCGGGUUUAAUAAGUCAAUUGUCAGAUAAAGCUCGCUCCGUUGUGCGUGACUUGGAUCCAACUAAUGAUUUAACUUUUCUGCGUAUCCGUAGCAAAAAGCAUGAAAUUAUGGUCGCGCCGGAUAAAGAAUUUAUAUUAAUAGUAGUGCAAAAUCCAGUUGAUUGAUGUUUAAAGGAUGCGAAUAUAUUACAAGAUUAUCAUUUAUUCCUUUGGUUGUUAAUUUAAUUUAUUCUAUAUGCUGCAUUUGGUUUCAAUAUUUAUUCAGUUAAGAAACAAAGAAAUAAAGCUUGAAUAUAUAAUGCAACACAUUUAAUUGCCAAGAUAAUUUAGUAAGUUACGAGCUUCAAAAGCUUUCACCAUGUUUUUUUUAAUAAUUAAUAUUUUAUUAUAUUACAAAUCAAUUUGAUAAUAGAUCCUGAAUAAAUACUAAUUAUUCCUA